AUGCAAAAAUACACAGACAGCUAUCAAACCGCGGAGUGUUCGAGUAUUGAUCUUACAACGGAGGAUAAUUACCUACUUCAAGAAGAGUUAGAAAACAUAGGAAAAGAUGUCACAGCUGAGAAUUCGUUAUCACAGCUGGUCAUCAAUCAACAAACAGAUGCAGGUCAUGCACGCUUGCUAGAAACUUCAACAAAAUUUUUCAACAACUAUUUCAACCCACUUACACAAGUAUUAAAAGCAGACAUAGCUACAGCGGCGGGUGCCGUAGAGGCAAUAGAUGCUUUACUGUCGAGUAUAUGUGAGCAAGGAGAUGGGGUACUGAUUCCAGUUGGAUCUGAUCUGCGGAUACGUCACCGCUCCAUUUUUCGACCUAUUGAGAUUGAUAUGACAGGACUUUGCAGCAUGUCUUCGAAGGCCAUAAUGUCAAGGCUGACCAUUGACGUGCAAAAAGUCCAUUGCCGCAUCCGAGCUCUUAUCCUGACAAAUCCACACAAAACUCUAGGCCGUUGCUACUCUCAAGAUAUGCUAGAAGGAUGUUUGAAAUUUUGCCAGAGCAAGGAUAUUCAUUUCAUCUCAGAUGAGGAAUAUGCUUUGACAGCAUUCUCUUGUGCGGAGAUAACGGAACCUCAUCCCUUUAUUUCUGCUUUAUCUUUAAAUACCCGGGCUCUGAAAUGUGACCGAGCGCGGAUACAUACAAUAUGGAGCAUUGACAGAGGUUUUGGUGCUGGAAAAUAUAGACUGAGCUUCACCGUGACACAGGGGAAUCCGAAGUUAAUUUCUCAGCUAACUGAGACACGAAGCUCCCAAGCAUCAGUAUUAUCGACAGCAUUCACCACAGCCCUUUUAUCCUCUCCGACCUUGCCAUUCUUGAUCACACUCAAUUCUGCACGGCUCGCCGAAGCGUAUAUGCUAAUAACCGAAUUCUUCACGAGGCGCAAUGUUGCCUACAUCCCAGUGAGCGCUGGAUCGAAUAUUUUCGCUCGGCUGGCGCCAAGAGCGAAAACUUGGGAGGACGAGAAUCUGAUGAUAGAAAAGCUGCGGGGUGCAGGGGUUCUGGUCACCUCUGGUCAGAAUUGCAGCGGAAGGCCCAAAGCUAAGGGCUGGGUCCGGCUGUCUUUCUCAGUCGAGCCGAAGCGCCUUCAAGAGGCACUGAAGCGGGUUGACGCUGCCCUGGGCAUAUCAAUGCGAUCAACGAUGUGA